AUGACGCUAUCCUUCAAGACUUGUUCUUCUCCUCGAUCAUCACCAAAAUCAACAACCGGAGCAGACGAUGCUGCUGCUCAAUUCUUCAAUCACAAAACGAGUUACAGAGCACACACAACCACACUCUUCUUCAUUCUUGUUCCACUCUCUCUCUUUGGUCUGUUCUCUCUCUAUUGUUCCCCAAACACGAUUUAUCGAGCUGCCUUCUUUGCCACGGUACGCCCGACUAAAUCAAGAAUCGUCAGUUACGUGAUCAACACUCAAGAUUCAAGCCCUCAACAAUCCAACGGUUCUCGCAGGAUCAAAGCCGAAGCUGUUCUCUGGCCAGGAUGGGAGAUCCUUGUGAUCGUUUCACCGGAGGAGAAAGUUCUCCCGCCUCAGCUUCCAGGGGAGAACUACACAUGUUUUUACCCUAACGGUGAGAAAGCCACGGCGAGGUUCGUCGCGAUUCUCCCUUUCACGAACCGUACGACAUUCAGAUGCAGCCUUCCCGGUAUAUACCGCCACCACCAUCCGAUCCCUACUCCGGUACUUGCCACUUCCAAAACAUUCCAACUCUCACCGGAAACACGUUGGCCUGAUCUUCCUCUAUGGAACUUCGUCGUUUUCGAAGCCAUUUCAACGGAAAACGACGUCGUUCUCUUAGUCAAAGGGCCGAACCGUGGAUUAGGCUCCAAUAAACCUCCCGAGUCGUUUCGUUGCGUGUUCGGUGAGGAAUCCGACACCGCCAUUAGAACCCCCGUGACGAGCUCCGUUCAAGAGGUGUUCCGAUGUUCAUUCCCUAACAAAACGAUCGAUACGCCGGUCAAAAUCUACCUCGAGGCGGUGGCAACCGAUCAUAAGGAGGAGACAAAGACAGUCCCGUCUGUCGCGUACUUUAGCCCUAAGCGCACGUUAACAGAACCACGUGAGAAAUCGCUACUGUGCGCGACGACGAUGGUGUACAAUGUAGCGAAGUAUUUGAGAGAGUGGGUGAUGUAUCACGCGGCGAUCGGAAUACAAAGAUUCAUCAUAUACGAUAAUGGAAGCGACGACGAGUUAAACGACGUCGUUGAGGUUCUCAAGAGUGAAAGGUAUGACAUCACCAAAGUUUUUUGGAUUUGGCCCAAGACGCAAGAGGCUGGGUUCUCCCACGCGGCGGUGUAUGGAAACGAUUUGUGCACCUGGAUGAUGUACCUUGACGUGGACGAGUUUCUCUUCUCUCCGUCUUGGGAUAAUAAGUCGCAGCCGUCGGAUCAGAUGAUUAGGUCUCUUCUACCGUCGGAUCAUAGCAUGAUCGGACAGGUGUCGUUUAAAUCGCACGAGUUUGGGCCUUCGAAUCAGACUGAGCAUCCACGUGGAGGUGUGACGCAAGGGUACACGUGUCGGCGAGAGGAAGAUCAACGGCACAAGUCGAUCGUGCGGCUAAGCGCGAUUGAGCAUUCUCUCUAUACAGCGAUUCACCACUUUGGUUUGAAGAAAGAGUAUGAGUGGCGUGUGGCGGACACGGAGGAGGGAGUGGUGAACCACUACAAGUACCAGGCGUGGCUAGAGUUCAAGGCCAAGUUCAAACGGCGCGUGUCGGCGUACGUGGUGGAUUGGACCAGAGUCUCUAACCCUAAGUCGAGAGAUCGAACUCCUGGGUUGGGCUUUAGGCCCAUUGAACCGGAAGGAUGGGGCCAGAGAUUCUGCGAAGUCAAGGACCUGAGGUUAAAGAGGUUAACCAGAAAAUGGUUCAGUCACCCGGUUAAAGACGGUUAUAAAAUGGCAUGGCAAAGAUGAAAGUUUCAUUAGAUUUUGGAUGGGUUAUUGUGUUAAUAGUAUAGUUGUGUGACAGAUCCUUUUCACUGUUUUUGUAAACUGGAUUUGAAUU